CCAGCACCACCGGUUCUGACAAUUGGUGAACAGGCGGCCAUCGCUGUUGCCGCUUUUCUGAUGAUCCUCGUAAUCACAGAAGUGGGAAUCUUCACUUGGCGUAGUGUGAAGUCUGACAAAGAGACUCGAAUGAGUCAGUAUUACGGCUCUUUGCCUCAAUCCCAGCACAACCAAGAAGCUCAAAUGGAGCUCAUGCUUUGA